CUUGCAGCAAUCGGUGGGACAAUCAAACUGUCCCCCGGCACCCAUGUGUAUCCGUUUGCAUGUCAACUCCCACAUGGAGAAUUCCCCUCCACUUUCCACGGCCCUGGUGGGAAAAUAGUAUACACCUUGAAAGUGGACAUCUACAGACCCUGGCACAUGUCCAAGAGCUUUGAGACAAAGCUGAACUUUGUGCACCACAUUAAUACCAACGUGCCGGACCUGUGGGCUCCCCUCUCAGGCACGAACAGAAUGACGCUGUGCUGCCUGUGGUGUGCCUCGGGUCCUAUCACAAUGACAGCCACUACAGAGAAGAAAGCCUUCGUCCCUGGCGAAACUGUAAACAUACUUUGCAACAUUAGCAAUGGUUCAUUUGCAUCAGCUACUCUGAAGGCGAGGCUGGAUCAGAAACAGACUUUCUAUACCCAGGGAAGGGAAACCCACAUUCAGGCUGUCAAACACUUUCAAUCAGUGAGCGGAGAGCGCGUCGCCGCUCACACCUCUGACGUGCACACUGAGAUAAAGCUCACUAUUCCCUCGUCUGCAUUCCUCACCAUCUCAAACUGCAGCAUCAUAGAGGUUGAUUACACAAUCGAGGUGAACCUCUGCAUACGAGCUUUCCCUGACAUCACUGUCCUGGUUCCCAUCAUCGUCUAUCCUGGAACCCGCUCCGUCGCCCUGACCUCCUGGUCUGUGACUCCGUCAUUCCACUACUACACUGUCCUUGUCUAA